GGCCGUUCCCCGCUACGGAAGCUAGGUCCGGCCUGCUGCGCCCAGCCCCUACCUUCAGGCUCGCUCCAACGGGCCGCUUGGGCGGUGUCGGCUCUGUCUGGAUAACACUCGGAAGGAACGCAGCGAAAAUUAAAGAAAGAUGAAGAAACGCCACGGUCACGGACUCCAGUGUGCGUGAAGAUCGGUCGAUCGCGCCAGGGGUGCCUACUAUUGAAGAUGUAGAUGCUUUCCAAGUAAAUAAAGUGUGGCAAAUGUUGCGGGAUAAGCACGCUUCACUAUCCACCCUAGGACACGACUACGAUCCACUUCGGUUUGUCAUCCGAAAUCGGUUUUGACAGUAGUGUUGUCGGUUCCGAGAAGAACUAAAACCAGAGCUGAUGUUGACGCAGUAUUGACACGCGCCCUGUAAUGACGAAGAACUUGAGUCACGCUAUGUCAAUGAAGUAAUGUAUGAUGGUGAGUUACAGUAACAGUUAUUCUUGUGAUGUACUUUUAGACAAGGAAAAUCGAGGAAGUUCAUCAAAAAUCGAACACCCCCCUACCCGGGGCUCCCGGGGAAAUAAGUUGAUUGGUGUGGGCCCCAACCAUUUCGCAUUUCCCCCCCGCGGAGCCCGCCCCGCCAUGCGCUGCCGCUGGCAUGUGUGUCGUUUUUAGUUCUCACGCCUGCGCAUGUACGGGCCGAAGCGAUCCCGGCAUUUGCUCUACAGUCUUGCUCCGGUUCAAAGGUAGGCGCUUAUGAAAGAACAGCCCGAAGGCGUUCGAAGGUGGCGCGCGUUUAAAAUCGGCGCCACUGUUCCGAAAACGUUCCGGGGUCCCAUUUUUUGUCCUGUCGCAGCGCAGAACGCUUCCGCUUUGUCACCUGAAUGCUUUGCGCAGCUCGGAGAAUGUAGAGCAGCGACAUUACAUCCACCAGCAGAACCACCCAGAGCCACAGGAGCAAACGGGCAGCCGCCCAACCCAUGUCCCCGCCCCGCCCCGGAGAAAACAAAUCAUCCAAAAUUUAAAUGUAAUAUGGCAUUCAGAAACGGAAACCUUUUCAACACCCAUACGAAAACGGCGAAUGUUCUGUUGUAGUGGGAGAGUUGUACAGGUAUGAUCCUCGGCGAAAUGCAAUAGAAUACAUCUGCGCAGGACCUGCGCAGAUGUAUUCUAUUGCAUUUCGCCGAGGAUCAUACCUGUACAACUCUCCCACUACAACAGAACAUUCGCCGUUUUCGUAUGGGUGUUGAAAAGGUUUCCGUUUCUGAAUGCCAUAUUACAUUUAAAUUUUGGAUGAUUUGUUUUCUCCAACGGGAGAACAAGCUCGUUGUAAGUACAUAUUACCUUGAAUGA